GUCUGCUGCAAUGCCAAUCCCCAGAAGAACCAUUGCAGAGUUUCCAUUUCAAGGCUAAAUUUCUGUUCCUCAGUUCUUUUAAUAGGCAGUGGAAAAGAUCAAUGUCACUCAGCCUGUGCAUCACUUUGGAUGAAUGCAUGCCAUAAUGAGAAGCAUGGGAACGCGCAACAUGCAUGCAAGAAGCAUGUUGCGCCGGAGUGACGGGUGGAGGGAGUGUGACCAGAAACGACAACCCCAUCAGCGGAAUUGAUAAGAGCUUCCUGUGAUGUACGCCACAAACCUGUCAAAUGAUUGCCAAAUUAACCUAGCGCAGUGCGUGAGCUGCACACAUAAAACAGAGUCUCGACGUUCAGCUGCCUGUCCACUGAAAAGUUAGUCAGAAGACUAGAGCAGAAGAUCCAUACAAGGAAUGAACUGAGCCAGAUCAUAUUGUUCACAAUCUGAAGCCCACUGACCGGCAUAAAAUACGAUAAUUUAAACAACGGAGCACCAGUAGAAAACAAAGAUUUCCAGGGACUACAAGGCUGCCUCUUGCGGACUGCGGCAUUGCAAUUAUGUCAUGCUCAACAUGUGCUGCGGACUGACUUUGGCUGUUGUGAUUUUUGGAUUGUUGCAGACCCAAGGUGUUUCUUCUGGCUCCGUGCCGUACGGGUACAAGGCUCUGGCUGGAGAGUUGUUCCUACUGCAGUGCGCUUCUCCGCGUCAGCCUUACCUAUUCAAUCAGUCUGAGAGGAUUGAGAAUAGUGUCAUAUGGUUAAAACACAAAGGACACACAAAUGAAACCAUUCCUGGGCAAGAUGGCACCAUUGCGAAACAAGGAAAUUACCUGAACUUUACUAUAAUGGAAGAAAGACAUGCUGGGAAUUAUUCUUGUUACAACGGGAGCGAGAUGCUGUCUUUUAUCCUGGAUGUGAUGCCAAGGAAUGGGACAGAUUGCAGGGUACAUGGGGACAGUGAGGUCACACUUAUAGUGGGACGUAGUGGCCGGAUCCAGUGUCCAUGUGUGCAUUAUUACACCGAAGCUUCCAAGGUGGACAUAAGGUGGUACAAGAAAAACAAAUAUUUAGCACUGGCAAACCGCAAGCUACACAUGGAAGGUACUGAACUCCUUCUGUACACGGUGUAUGUCGAAGACUAUGCCAUGUUUACCUGUGAUGUCAGUCACAUGGAUGGGAUGAUGUGGACGGUUAGAAGAUCGGUCUGGGUGACAGUGAUCCAGGAGGAAAGAGACAUCCCACCCAGAAUCCUUUACCCAUACGAGAACUGUACUGAAGAUGCAGAGCUUGGGAAGCCUAAAAAUCUGACUUGUAAGGUGCAGCUUCCAUUUGAGAGAACGUUCCGGCCAGUGGUCAGGUGGUUUGUCAGUUAUGGUGGUCAUGGCAGGGAAGAACUGCUGAAUUCAGAAAUCAUGAGGGUGCAGUCGAGCUUUGGGGAGAGCACUACCACUCAGAUGGUACACCUCCACAAGGUGACGGAGAAGGAACUAGAUGCCACCUUCACAUGCUUUGCUCAGAACUCCAUAGGCAACGUGUCCACAACAAUGAGGCUGAGGAGAAAGUUGCAAGUUGGAGAACUGCUGCUGGUUAUCAUUGGACCAGUUGUGGCCCUGAUAUUUGUGACUGGGGUCAGUGUCCUGGUUCGUGCUUAUUGGUUGGAGAUUCUCCUUCUAUACCGAAUGCAUCUUCCAUUUCCAGACGCUAUUGCAGCCGGAAAGGAGUAUGAUGCCUUUGUGUCCUACGUCAGUGGCUCUUCCCCAGAGAACGAAGAAACCGACCUCACAGGAGAACUCCUAGGUCUUCACCACUUUCUCCAGGUUUUGGAGCAACAGUGGGGCUACAGACUUUUUCUGUUGGAGAGAGACCUGAUCCCUGGGGGAGCUUACACCGAGGAGGUGGUGAAGUCCAUCCAGAGGAGCAGGAUGAUCAUCUGCCUGCUCAGCUCACUCUAUCUCCGCAGCCCCUGUCUCUUUGAGCUGGAGACCGGCCUGAAGACACUGAAGGACGACCCUCACUUUAGGAUCGUUCUGGUGUGGAGCAGCAGGCCUCCCCGUAAGCUUCCUGCCCUGCUGCUGCCACACAUCGUCAGAAGGGCACUCCGCGUCCUCCCUGCCAUCGGCUACACCAACAGAGACUUCAGCCAGUCCGAUUCCAAGUUCUGGAAAAAUCUUAGGAUAAAGAUGCCACGGACCAGAAUGUGUGUUUCCUCUUCCUGGGAGGAUGUUUAAAAUUUCAGUCAAGUCGUCUUUCAUAUCACGCUUAACACAGAUAUUUAUAAUUACUUUUGAGCUAAUGUUGCCAAUUGUAUCUUAGUGUUUUUAUUCUACCUAACUUUUAUAUUUAUUAAUAUUUAUUCAUUCAUUCACCUACUAUAUCCAUGUAAGUUACAUUAUUUAUACUAGGGCAGAGUUCUUUAGUAAGUAGUUCUUUAAUGCGUUGUGAACGUUUUGUAUAGCUAAGCUCUUGUACGCUAAGCGGCUAAUGAACCUACACCCACUUGAAAUUACUGUUGAGGGGGAGUGAAACGUCCCAGUUGCCUUCCAGACAGGACUAUUUCUACUUCUCUGUACAGUCAUCCUAUAAGCUGUUAUGUAAGUUGGGAGUGUUCAGAGUUUGCUUACUGUAGAAUAAGUUUCUGUUGCGUUGUCAUUGCGAGAAAAAAACUCCAUGCUACGUGGCUACAUGCAUGAGAGUGGAGGUUCCAGGUUUUGAUGCGUUUAGAUCUUGUGUAAUUACUGUUUUUCACAAGCUGUGAAACGUGCAAAAUCAUUGUUGCUGUAAAACUCCUCGUUGCUUGAAUGAAGCUGUGUCAUACGCGGGAGGUUGACGAUUCCUGAAUUUACAAUAUGCUUCUAAACCUAUUUUGAACAAUGUAUGGUAGAAUUUGUUAAUUGAUAAAGAGUAAUAUUUUUUC